UUCUCUUGCAUGAUCCUCCUUGGUAAAUUGGGCUGAUCUCCACACCAAGAUGGCCUGCACUGACCUGUGCUACCCCUCCAGUGACAUUGUCUGCCCAACACCCAUUGCCAACAGCUACAAUGACCUGUGUGUGAGACAGUGCCCUGACUCGAGGGCAGUGAUCCAGCCACCACCAGUUGUUGUGACCUUCCCAGGCCCCAUUCUCAGCAGCUUCCCUCAGGAGAGCAUCGUGGGAUCUUCAGGAGCACCUGGUGUGGGGGGCUAUGGCAGUUCUUUUGGCACCCGUUUUGGGUACAGUGGCUUGGGGGGAUCCCUUAGCUAUGGCAGUUCUGGUGGCUAUGGAGGAGAUGGUUAUGAAGGCCUUGGUGGGGGCUAUGUGGGUGGAUCCCUUGGCUAUCGUGGUGGAUCCCUUGGCUACAGCGGUGGAUUGUGUGGUUCUGGAAGCUUGUAUAAUUAUGGAAGGUUGUCUGGUUCAGGCUUUGGCUAUGGUUAUUGCAGCCCUUUUUCUUACCGUCGGUACAAUAGGUACCGCCGUGGGAGCUGUGGGCCAUGCUAAGCCCAACAGGAAAAUGCACAGAACAAGGAACAGCCAGGAAAUUAGAAGAAAAAUCCAGAUUUGUUACUGAGCAUAAUGGACAUGGCUUUCUGAAAUGCCAACACCCAGGGUUUCCUCUGAAGUUAAUACACUAGUGAGUGCUGGGCACUUCCUAAAGUCAGGUCCAUGCUUGUCUUACUCCCAUUACAUUCUAGCUUGUAUUUCUCAUUUAACAGUCUUGAUUUAUGGGGCUUUAUGGCACUCUAGCAACAAGGGCAAAACAUGUAACUUAAAAUGUUAGGACAUGGGACCUGCCUGUCAAUCAUGGUGUUAACACAGGAAGAAGAAUAUCUUGAAACAGAUGAUUGGUUGUUUUCUUUUGUAAAAAUCUUCAUCCUUUGUAAAUGUACACUUGAUUUCUCAUUCCUAAUAAAAUUUCCCAGCAUCAUA